CAAACAAAAUAGUCAUUGGUCCGUACCCGAUUCUAAGGAAAUCCUUUCAAGGUUUAAACUGUGGAAAUGAGGCGAAAAGUGGCAAUUGCAAGGUUAUCUGCUGGAGGAGGGAACGAAGCCAGAACUAAGAUCUACAUUUUAAGCUAAAAUGUAGAAGAGGACCAGUGAUAACUGAUAACUGACAACUACUCAAUACUACCCUCAAGAAAUCCGAAUAACUGGGUGCCCCGUUGUUUUCAAAUAGUUGUUCUUGAGACACCAGUCACUAUUACUACAGAGGCUAAAGAACGUUUGCGAUGGGGCUUGGAGCGAGUCACUGUUUCGGUGUCUGGGCUCCAACUGAGGUUUCCAUAACGACAAUGGUGUUAGCUAUCGUUUUCAUGAUAGCAACCGUCCCAGGAAACUUGAUGGUCAUCUUGGCAGUUCUAUUCGAUCCCAACAAAAAUCUUCGAAACCCGUUUACGCUUCUGGUGGCAAAUCUUGCCGUCACAGACCUUAUCGUGGGUGCGCUGGUAGAGCCGUUGUCCAUUAACACGCACUACAGAGAGUCUCGAGGCUUGUCCAUCAGCAUGUCAUGGUUCUCUCAAUCUGUGUAUUUUCUGUGUUGCACGGCGUCUCUGCUGAGUCUUGCAGCACUUACUGUCGAUCGCUACUUAGCGAUAACAAAGCCUCUGUGGUACAGAGCCAACGCCAAUUAUGGGCGUGUAGCCACAGCUGUCUCCCUGGUUUGGAUCCUUUCAUGUUGUUCCACCUCCAUUUUCUUCUUUGUCGGCUUUGUGGCCUACGCUUUUGUCUUUGCCAACAUUACGAUGUUUUGCACUAUUUUUAUCUUCAUUUUCUCUUAUGUGCGUAUCUUUCAGUAUGCCAAAAACCAAAUCACCCAAAUCGACAAUUUGACCGACGGUCAAACAGAGCUAAAUAAGGCUCGUCAACGAGCCAUAGAGAUGGAAAAUAAGCUCACUAAAACCUAUCUGAUCAUGCUUGGCAUCUUUCUGUCCUGUUACAUACCUUCGUGCAUCAUGAUCUAUUUCAUGAAUCUUUGCCAGGGAUGCAGCUGUGAGCUGAUUCACUGGCUGAGAGAUUUCCACUUUGUUUUCAUCACAAUCAAUUCUCUCAUCAAUCCCUUUCUUUACGCCUUCCGACUGCCGAACUUUAAGAGUGCAGUGAAGCGAAUACUCGGUUGUGCAUCCCAAGUUGCUCCAGUAAUCGUUACUACGGGCAACGAGGUCACAGUCAAGGACUCUGGUCCCAGAAAUUUGUCAUCCACCAACAUCAGGAGCGCUUCGCAAACCCCUGGUCCAUGUGAGUAAAACCUUACCUUCUGCAAACCGAGAUGAUUUCCUUGAGGAGACGCAUUGGAUGAAGAAAUCACAUGUAAUCGUUAUACGGGAAUACUUUACUCUUUAUUGACAGCUUUGCGAGUUUCUUCUUUAACGAAAAACU